CGGGGGAGCUUGCCGCGGCGGAGCUCGGCCGGAGGGUGCCGGCAGGCGCGCAGGGAACCGGCGGCUCUUUGCGGGCCGCUUUGCGCUGUGAGGGCGCGCAGAGGCGGGUGUCGGGCUUUGGUGAACGCGGUUCUGAGCCCGAGACAAGGGGCGAUGGAGCCGGCUGAUGUUGCCGCUUGGACAUUUCCGCAGCAGCCUCUUUUCCCUUUAAUCCCCUGGCAUGACAGUGGCAUUGAUCUGUAGUUUUGGAGUUCAUGAAGGAGGAUACGUACUGCCGAUUCCAGAUGGAAAUAAUCACACAGCAGCUCGAGUUGCCUUCAAGGCGGGGGUUUUUGUCCGUGAAAGCUGCGGUCCAGGGCCUGUUGUAAACUUCUUUUCUGUUCUAUGGACAGGAAGAGGGAGCCACUUAAGUUGCACAGGGAAAUCAAGAGUUAGAAAAGGUCAGCAUGACACUAAUGUGUUUCAAGAAAAGUAAGUCUUGAAGAAUGCAAUGCGAUCUGGUGUUUGAGUUUUCCAGCAAGUUUGAAAAUGUCUCUCCCCUUCUGACAAAGGUAGUUAAAUUCUGGGCUAGAGGCAGGAGAGAAAAGUGGAUCUCAGUGCAGCACGGCCACGUGAAAAAAAUCAGGCGAUUGGUGACAGUGGGGAGGAAUCAGAAAUUAUUACUCUGGCUGCUCCCACCUGUUAGUUGUCUCAACACAACAGGCUUUGUAAUCUCUAACCCCAUAGGUAAGGUCGUGACUCUGGCUUCUUUGGGAAUGUUUGUGCAGCAGUUUUCCCAGCAGACCUUCUGUAGCUCCUAAUUUCUCUGUCUUUGCAUUUGCCUCGGUGCCAUCCCCUGACAACUUGCUGGGAUGAGAUGAAGACAUUGGAUCUUUGAGGAAGGCGACUUAGGAAGAAGUGCUUGUUUUUGUUAUAUGUCACUUUGCAGUACCCGUCUGUUUUUGGGGAAGUGAUUUUUCAGUGAUGAGGCAUAGUUCAGUGCAGAUCACAUUUGAAGAGGGUCCUCAGUUACCACCAGCUGCAACUAUAAGUGACGUGACGUGUAAGGGACAGUCGGACCACAGCAUGGUGCUAUACUGCUCUCUGUCAGCUGAAGCUGUGAGAUUCCCUGUCUCUGUUACUCAGCAGUCCCCAGUUGCUGUUUCUGUGGACACCUAUCAUGUCACUUUGGCUGUGCUGCAGGCUCAGGUGGAGAUCCACUUGGAGGAGAUACAGAACGAAGGUCUCCUCGUGUCGUGGGUGUUCAAGGACAGACCAGACCUGAACCUUUCUGUUCUUCCAAGACUUCAGCUUCGCGAGAAUGAAGGGAGAGUGGAUCUGUCCACCAUCAAGGAUCUGAUCGAGGACACCAUUGUCAGCACGCAGCCAGCCAUGAUGGUGAAUCUGAAGGCCUGCACCGCUGGAGCUGCUGCAGUACCCAGCAAUAAGUUGACUCGAGAGUCCCCAUCAAGAGUAGCAGCAGCCCCACUGGGUUCUAAGCUGUUGCUACGGAAUCUUCGAGUGCUGAACUUGGGCAGCCAGGGGAAGGGAGGAGUUGGGGAGAUACGCUGCAUGGCAGAGCUAGACAGUCCCCCCCAGCAGAAGCAGACGAGACUGAUGGCAGCUGGCAGUGCUGAUGCUGCAGCAGAGAUGGAGUGGAAUGAGGAGCUCUUUCUGGAGCUGGGACCGAGAAGUAAAGAGCUGAAGCUACAGGUGCUGGGGAACAGUGACGGAGGGGCAAAUGUGCUCCUGGCACAUGCCACACUUUUGCUGGAUUCUUUGGGCAAACAACCAUCUGGGAGACAGGUCUGCUCACUGGCCCCAGGAGCUGGGCAGUCACUGUCCGGCGAAGCUACCAUUGUAUUGGAGCUGCUGUUCCAGGAGUCUCCUGCAUCUUUGAAUGCUCAGCAGGCCACAUCUGUGCGAACCAGCAUCACCCCCACUAAGAAGGUGGAGAUGGACAGGACUAUCAUGCCCGACGGCACCAUCGUGACUACUGUCACUACAAUUCAGUCCCGGCCUAAGGCAGACUGCAAGCUGGAUUCACCGUCAAGGUCGCCUUCCAAGGUGGAAGUGACAGAAAAGAAGACAACAGUGCUCUUGGAGAGCGGCUGCCCCUUGCCCAGCGGCAGCCGAGAUAGCCAUAUGCCCAAUGGCUUGGAUCCGGUGGCCGAGACAGCGAUCAGGCAGCUAACCGAGACGAACAACAAGCCUGCCAAGAAGACACCAACAAAACGUAGCACGCUGAUCAUCUCGGGAGUUUCCAAGGUACCUAUUGCUCAAGAUGAAAUGGCCCUUUCUCUGGGUUAUGCUGCAUCCCUGGAGGCCACGGCGUACAGGGAUUCUGCCUCGGAGGGCACAGCUGACCGGGUACACGAUUCUACGGAAUCAUCACAGCUGCUGGAAGCAUCGCCAUCAGGACAAAGGGCCAGUCAGGAGCUGGAUGAGAUGACACGAUCGGAUAUCUCUGAGAGACCAUCGGUGGAAGAUGUUGAGUCUGAAACUGGCUCCACAGGAGCCCUUGAGACCAGGAGCUUGAAAGAUCACAAAGUUAGCUUUCUUCGGAGCGGUACCAAACUCAUCUUCCGGAGGAGGAGCAAGCAGAAAGAAGCAGGCCUGAGCCAGUCACAUGAUGACUUGUCCAACGUCACCACCAACUCCACUGCCAGGAAGAAAGCUGGCAGCUUCUCCCACCGCCUCAUCAAGCGCUUCUCCUUCAAGUCUAAAUCCAAACCCAGAGCUAGCGAUAGCACAACAGCGGGUGAGAACUGAAGGAUGGAGAAGCCUGUCAGAAAGAUUGUGCGGACAUCCUUUUCUAGUCUCUUGUCUUCCCACUCCAUGGUAUCUGUGACCUGCAGUGCGGUUCCUUCCGACUUCGGCUGAGGGAAGACACCCCAGUGCUUUAUGCCAUUUGGAGACUGGAGGUGGCGAACCUGGGGCUUAGGCUGCUCGUCUGCCUUGGCUUAGCCUUCUUUGACUGUCAUACCUCACCGUGCUCUCCCAGAAAAUUCAGGCGGCAUGCUGAUCUCCGUGGGGGGGUGCCAGGAGCUGUGGAUGCAACUCUGCCUGUGCAGCUGGCUGCCCUUGCCUGGUGUGUCCUGGGAAGGGGUGGGGGGGCCUCUCAAGUGGCAACCCUCAGAGAUAACAGUUAAGAAACUACUGGGUUAGCUAUGUUGCUGAGAAGUGUGGGAUGUAGCCUCGCUCAGCUCUUCUAGCGAGAGAGAAUGGCAUGGUUGCUGGCCAUCUCGUUGCUCUCAUUGCUUCUGCUUGGUGCAGAGGCUGUAAUGUGACUGGGGUGCGGAGCGAUGCGUUCCGGGGCUGUGAGAUGUCAGAAGAAGCUGUGGGUCUCCACCCAGCUUUGCUGUUGGAACAGUCUCUGGUUCAGACAGUUCUGAGGGAUGCCUGCUUUCUGUGUUAUGCUGACGAAGGAAGGAGUCACUAAGAAGAAGGAAGUUCUAACCAUUUGAACCAUGGGGCAAGUUUUUGUAGAAGCCCCGGCCCUUGCAAGAAUGUCUGGUGGGUUCUGUGGGUGCUGCCACCCUGUGGCGCAGCCGUCCUUCUGCAGCCGCGUCCUUGAGUGGGGAAGGGGCCAUGCUGCAGCAGCUGUUGUAUGAAGGCAGUUUUUUUCCCUCGAGGGCAGUUGGGGGCUGCGCCAGCGGGGCGCCAGGCCACCUUCCUGGCCUCUCGUGCCAAGAACCGGCACUUGCGCCCGGGGAUGGAUGGCGAGGAAGGUGGUGAUGCUAGCGAAAGGUCAGGCUGACAGGGAGCCUGAAGCUGCGUGGCAGAAAGAGGCAGGAGUUCAUCUUUGCACUGAUGAAAGGGUUUCCUGUAGUAGAAGGAGCCUUCUUGAUUGCAUCUGGUAUUUCCUGUCUUCUAGCAAACCUGAUCCACCACGUUCAGACAGCGGGCAUUUCUGCAGCGGGUAUUUACAGAGGGGAAGGCCCGCAGGGGAAAACUGACUCCUUGCGUGGGCGGAGACUGCCCUUCUAGACAAAUGACUUUCUGGUCUCCUGAUGCACGUUGCAGGUAACCCCAGAGGCCGCAUUCGGACAGCAUAACAAUGCUCUUUGGUGGAACGCUUGCGCUCUGUCCACACCCAGUUUGAACGGAAGCUCCUGCUCUCCUGUGGGCUACAGAGUUAGGGAGAUGGGGCACAGGGGAGGCAAAAACUCGCUGAAGAGCAGUCGCCUAGUGCUGCCUGGAUUUGCUAGCUCUGCUCUCCUGUCACAGUACCUCCUGAGGUGGGGACUGUUGCCUUGCCUUGUACAGGAUGCAGUCAACUGAAGAAGCAGUUUUUCUCUUGAUGAUGCACGUGAAACAUGUCACUUUCUUCAGAAGGAUAAAUCCUGGCUUACUGAUGUGGCCAUCGCGUGCCAUUUCCAAAGAGCAGAAUGUGUUCGGUAUGCCGCUGCGAAAGCCUUUACGAACAGGAGUUUCAGGUGUCUCUCAUGUCUGGAUGUUGGGAAGGCUGUAGUCGUGUGGGGCUUGGACUGAAAGUGCCAGUGCGUGCCAGCAGAAGAGUCUCUGUUUUUCCUGCGAUUCCCCAUGAGGUUGGGCAUGUGUGAGAAAUUUGACUGGUCCAGCUGGCUGACCAGGAACCUCUUCUCCAUCUCUUUGGUCCAGGAGGCUUUCUGUCAUCCCUGAGCUCUUUCGUGUCUUUUAUCCUUUUACCCUAUUUGAAAGAAUUCCUUGUGAAACCUUGCAUUAGACGUGCUGCUUUGAAUGGAAAGGAACUUGCGGAUGAGCCAGCAGCUCUUCAGUUGGAAGUUUAUCGCAGAACCUUCUGCGAAUCUCAUUUAAUAGUCCUGUAUUCUUCUCUUUAAACCACAAGAGCAACUUGAACUGUCUUGGUGCAGAGUGGCCGAAGGCAAAUGCCCGAGGCUUGCACCCACGCUUCUGAAGUGUGAAUGUGGGGCUCAAGUAUGUGAGGAGGACAGCAAGCAUUGUCGUUGUGACAAAGUGGCACAUGGGAUGCAUGACGGUUUGCGUGUGUCUUCCCUUGAUUUUUUGGCCAUGCUUUUUAUCACAGGCAGUACUUUGCUAGGAAAGUUUGUAUCUGGUCAGAAUGUAAGGGAAAAGGGGAUAUCAUCAUGUGCUGACAGAGAGCAUCCCCAAACAUUCGUUCCUAUGCCCACUUGUGUUUCCUAGUGGAGGUGUACUUACUGCCAUUUCAUUGCUUCUCAAAGUCGUACAGUGCAGGACUGGUAUUGUAACCUUUUAUCUUCUUGUUGUCGGUGAGCCCGGAAUGUUUUUCAAAGUGUUGGGGCAAUCUGCUGGUCGGGGGACAGAGGGCUGAGGGGGAACGGCUCAGCUGUGUGCAACUUGUUUUUAGUUCUGAUAUGCUCCUGAUUAACAUGUUGAUCCUUUUUCUUCAUAUCUGUACUGCUUGCGCACACGGUUGUUUUCAUUCCCCAAGCAGGAGGUGGCUGUUUUUUUUUUGUCCUGGCCACGUGAGCACGGGUGAUUUUCCUGACUUCCCAAAACCAAGAAUGUUAACUGCCCCGUGGGGGAGGCAUGAUUAUUGGUGUCAGAAACAAUUCUUCUAUCCUAACCUUCUCAGGAGGGAAGGUCACCUAGUCUUUGACCUCCAGAAACUGUAAAGACAGAGUCCCAGGGAGUUUCCCCCCCGUAGAACUGCUGCUUGAAAAAAAUCCCUUUUGUGUUUAAUCCCUGAUUGUGCUUCUGGCUUUAGGACAGAAGAAAUGCUCUUUGAAAUCUGCUUUUUUUCCCUGUUUAACUUCUUCUGGAUACCCAUGCCCUCACCUCGGUGCCAUUGCGGGCUCUGUGACAUUUUGUAACACCCCCAACCAGUGCACAGCGCGGGCCGCCAUCCAGCUGUUUAGACUUGCACGGUCUGCAGUCGCGUGGUUGCUGUCUCAGGGUUGGCUCAAUAUUUGCAUCUUGUGAAACUGGCCCUCGACUGAGUGUGUGGGGGAAGAGGAGCAGCGGGCUUGACCGCACGGGGCCUUCUGAAGGAGUUCAGUCUGCUCGUGAUGGCCUGCGUUUCUGGUGCUGCGUUUCACUGCCAGCUACACACAGGUAGAAAUGGUGACUGGUAAAUGAAGCCAAAGUAUACAUUUUGUGUUGGUUUUUUUUGGUGUGGGUUUUUUUGUCUUUUUUUCCCCUCUAUUUUGGCUGAGCAGAGUUACUAGAACUUACCCAUGCUGUGUAUUUGUACUUAUCUGAAGAAAAUAGACUUCUGUAGCUGUAAGUAUGCUUGUAAAUAUAUUUAUUAUAUCUGUAUACAUCCUCUCCCCUUGUUUUGGUAAGGGGUUUUAAGAGUCUUCACGUUGGAAAAGCCCUUGGCAUCGACCUGCGAGGGGGUAUCCUCUGGAGGUGAGAGAAAACAGGCAUGGGAAGAAGUGGAGGGAACCGCAAAACCUGUUUUGGGGGUGCUGUAGGCUUUAGAAUGAUGGAUGUCUGCAAGCACCCUCAUGCUGCUUAUGUAGCUGAGGGCAAAGUUUUAGGCAGAUGGGCUGAACUGGGGAGGGAGGACUACUCAGGUGGAGAGCUAGUCACAAAACAGUUCAGCAGAGGAGAGUGUAAUGAAAACUUCUUUAAGCCAAUGUAAGAGGGCCACAGGCACACGCUGUUUCUGGACUACAAAGGCGUGCACAGUAGCUUACAAAGGUUUUUGUUCCGUUUUCUCGUCUUUAGUGGUGCCGCUUCCUUCCUGUGAUGGCUUCUCUCAGUUAGUUGUUUGCUAAAUCUCCAAAAAGUCAUUUCUGGGUGGCUGGAGAGAUGCUUGAAUGUUGUCUGGCUGGCGUUUGCGUGUUUUGGGGUCUUUUGCCUUGUUCUCCUUCUGCCCCAGGUCAUGGUGAGUGUCAUGGUAGAGUAAGAAUCUCAGUGGAAGGCCUUUGUGUACUGGCCAUAUCACAGCUCCUUCUACAGGCACGACUGCCCCACACCACCUUUCCUUGCUUGUGCAGGUACUGGACCAAACACUCACGCUAAAUUUGAAUUAGCACCUCAAAUCCUUGUGUGUGCUCUUUUGUACUUUGAUGCCUUCUCUCUGGGUGGAUUAUUUUAAUCCCAGAUUGUUUAGAGGAAAAAAAAUAGGAACUGUGUAGCUAUUUAAGGGUUGAGAGUCAAAUGACUUUAUUUAGACUGAAUGAAUGAAGUUCUUACACCUUUGUAAAUGUUGCAGAAGAAUUCCAAUGCAGUGUAAUGGCUGAACCUGUUAACUUAUUAAACCACAUGGAAAUCAAAA